AGAGGUCGUAACAUAUCUCCAAACUCCAAUCUCCAACCUCACCGUCGAACCACGACACCGAACCUUACACAGCAAACCCUCGGCGACCUUCCCCAUGCCUCCGGCCAAAGCCAGGAAACCCCGGCGGCGGCCGCGGGCUGCGGCCGCCUCCCCAGAGAGCUCCUCGGCGCCCCCUCCGGUUGCGGCGGAGACUCCUCCCGCGUCCGCCACCCCAGAGAGAUCCCCGGCGCCCCCUCCGGUUGCGGCGGAGACCACUCCCGCGGCCGCCCCGCCAGAUACCUCCCCGGCGCCCCCUCCUGUUGCGGCGGAGACACCUCCCGCGUCCGCUACCGCAGAGAGAUCCCCGGCGCCCCCUCCUGUUGCGGCGGAGACCACUCCCGCGGCCGCCCCGCCAGAUACCUCCCCGGCGCCCCCUCCGGUUGUGUCGGCGACCCCUCCCGAGUCGGCGGAGGCUAGUGUUACGGUUGCGGAGGAUGGUGGCGGGAACGACAAGAUGGCGGUGGAGGAUCUCGGUGAGGUGGGGCGUGAGGAGGCCACCGGGGCGGAGUCCCUAGAGGAGGAAGCCUACGAGGAGGAGCCGGAUGAGGAGGUGUUGGAGGAGGAGGACCCUGAUGCGGAGGAUGAUCCCGAGGAAGCGGAGGAGGAUCUAGAGGACGCGGAGGAGGAUGCUGAGGACGCUGAGGAGGAAUCCGAUGAAGUCGAGCAUGAUGAGAAGGAUACCGUUCUGGCGGCUGGGUCGGAGAAGACGGCGACUGUGGAUGGCGGUGAUGAGGAGAAAUCAAUGGUAACGGUAUCCAAGGAGGGCGGCGGUGAAGUUACAGGGUUGGAGUCUGCCGUGGUAGAGGAGGCCGCUAAUGUGGAUGAUGGACUAGAAGAGGCAGAAGAGGAGGAAGCUGAAGAGGAUGCAAUGGAAGAGGCAGAAGAGGAGGAAGUUGAAGAGGAUGCAAUGGAAGAGGCAGAAGAGGAGGAAGUUGAAGAGGAUGCAAUGGAAGAGGAUACUACAGAGCUCCCGGGAGAAGGUGCCGCCCCAGAUGACAUGAAUGAACUAUCUGAAGAAGAACAUGAAGAAUCUGGGCAUGAAGGUACAAAUGGGAAUAACGACGAGGAUGGUGUUGCCUGCCAGUUGAAUGUCCAUUCUGAGGUGCAGAAUGGUGAACUUGACUCCUCAUUGCUCACACUGGGUUCAGUUUCAGUGGGCAAUGCUAAAGACUUACAAAUAUUUCUUCAUGGAUUGCCUAAGGGUUGUCCCGAGAAAGACAUUACAGAGGUCUUUUCUCAAUUCGGAGAGAUCGAAUCUAUUAAAAGAAUUAGAAAAAAGAAUGGCGGCGUUGCAUUCGUUCGUUAUAUGAGCACUGAAGCUGCAAAGAAGGCUCUUGCCGAAUUUAAGGAGGGAGCUGAGGUGACAGGGGAAAUGGUUAAAGUAUCAGCUUCUAGAGGUGAUAAUACUCUUUACCUUAGAAACAUCUGCAAGAGCUGGACAAAAGAGCAGGUGCGAAUCUCCUUGAGAAGUAUCGGUAUCGAUGGAUUUGAUAUGAGUUUACCCGUUGAUCCUGAAAUUGGAGGACAAAACCGAGGGAUUGCUUUUCUCAAAUUUGCUUCGCCUGACAAUGCCAAAGCUGCAUCUCAGCUGCUACAGCAACCGGAUCCAUUGAUUACCAUUGUUAGAAGUGUGAAAGAAUCUGCUCAAAUCCCUACAGAAUCAAGUCAGGAGCUUGCUAUGCAGAUGCAGGUUAAAACAGUAUACCUCGAACAUAUUCCUCUUUCUUGGGAUAAGAGCAAAGUUAAAGAAUGUUGCAAAGCAUAUGGGGUGAUUCAGGAUGUUCACAUUUUAAAGAAGUCAAAAGCAAAAAUUUCUUUUGUCGAAUUCUCAUCCAGGAAGAGUGCAUUAGCUUGUGUGGAAGGAAUAAACAGUGCCAAUAUUGGUGGUGAACUUAAGCUGGCUGCAAGUCUUGCUCGACCACGUCGGGAAAUACAACUUGACAAGAAGAGUGCUAAAGGUGGGGUCAAGGUCAAUAGUGAUGCAACUUCUAAAGACACCAACAAUUCUAUAAAGAAAAAGAACCAGAAUAGGGAGGUCGUAGUGAAGGAUUCACCACAUAAAUUGCGAAAAGGUGAUGUGAGCAAGCUGACCUCACAUGUUGAUGUGAAAGUACCACAAUCAUCCAACCCAUCUAAAGGCAAACGGAAAGCCGGAAAGACUGAAAAUACCGCUGUAAAUGAAAGGCUACCGAAGAGAGCCCGGAAGAAUCGUGAUGUUCUGACAAAACCUUCCAACAGAACAUCUCAUGGUGGUUAUGCUAGAGUUCCCUAUGCAGGAGAAUCUUCUGGAAACAUUAAACGCCCUGGGCGAUCUCGAUAUGUAACUGGCAACCAAUCUUACCCUAUUGCGGGCGCAUCUUCCAGAUCUAAACCAAAUGCUCGUGACCUGGAACCUCAUGCUGGAUACAUCCCGCCUACAAAUCGUGUUCGUGCACCUGCAAAUCAUGUUCCAGUCACCUAUGUGUAUGAUCAGCCGAGAAGCGCACCAUCCACUAUCCAUCACAUUGAUGAUCUUCCUCAUGCUAGAGAAAUAGCAGUUCCACCACCAGCCUAUGGGUACACAAGCAAUCCUCAAUACCAGGAUGGAUAUCCAUACGCCUACCUUCCUCCGCCUCGUCCAAGUGGAUCUUACCACUACCCAGGAACUGGCGCAUACAGCCCGCGAAGGAGAUACUACUGACAAAAAUCCUAGUGCCAAUUCCAUGCUUUCGUGUGUAAUACUGCAAAUACAGAACGUUUGCAGUUUCCAGGGACACGUAUGUUGUUUUGCUAGAUGGCUGAUGCUGGAAAGAAGUAACAUUCAGUUCUGUCUGGAUGCUUAGGUUUUCAAUUUAUGUUCGAGUGAAAAAGCAUCAUUAGUCCAUAAUCUCGUUUACAUUUUGGUCCAAGGAAUGAUCAGAGAGGAUAGAGGAUCAACCCUGAUAUUUUUUGGGGUUUAUACAGUAAAAUGCACCUCUCUCGGCAUUUCAUUGAA